AUGUUCCGGAACAGGAAUCUUGAAGGCAAUCCAGUGAGCAAGAACAAAGGGCCGACUCCAGAUGAACAUUUGGAUCGUAAUGGCCGUAUCGUGUUCUACGAGGACCGGGACUUCCGGGGGAAGUCGUACGACUGCAAGGGGGACUCGGCCGACCUGCAGGGCUUCAUCCGCCGGUGCAACUCGGUGAAGGUGGACGGCGGCUGGUGGGUUCUGUACGAGCGCGACAACUACAGCGGCUACCAGUACGUCAUCGGCCCGGGGGAGUACAACGACUACCGCCGCUGGAUGGGCUUCAACGACUGCGUCAGAUCCUGCAGGAUCAUCAGAAACGCCAAAGGGCUGUACAAGCUGAAGCUGUUCGACAGGCCCAACUUCGUCGGUCAAUCUUUGGAGCUGACGGAAAACACAAAGUCCAUCCAGGAGAAGUGGGUGAGACAGGAAGUCCAUUCCUGCCAAGUGCUGGAGGGCUCCUGGAUCUUCUUUGAGCAUCCGAACUUCUGUGGUCGGCAGUACCUGCUGGAGAAAGGGGAGUACCGACACCACUCCGAGUGGGGGGCCGCGAAACCCACCGUGGGCUCCAUCAGGAUCAUCUUGGAGCUGUGA